AUGACCUUGCCUGUAGAAGAGCUCAGCGAUGGUCUUGGUGCCAAAGAGAUGCCCCAGCAGCAGUACCAGUGGCUGCAGCAUAAGGUGCAGGAGCUGCUUAGGGAGAUGGAGCAGAUCCAGAGCACAGUGAAGCAGUCAGCGGCGCAGUAGGAGCUGAUACCCAUGGCCUUGGCCAGGCAUGUCGAGGGCCUGCAGCAGCAGCUGGUCUCCAGCCACCUGGAGAAGCUGCUGGGCCCCUCCACAGCCAUAGACUUUGUGGACCCCGACGGCGCCCUGGCCAAGCGCCUGCUGCAGCAGCUGGAGGUGGUGAAAAGCAGGAAGGUGGCGCUGAGGAUGAGCCCCGCUAAAGCCCAGGUGCCCACUGGAGACGCCGUCACCUUUGAGUUGUACUGGAGGCCGGAGCAGGACCAGUUUGCCCAGAUGGCCAAGAUCGCGGAGCUGCAGAAGCGGCUGGCGCAGCUGGAGGCGACGGUGUGGUGUGAGCCCGAGAGCCAGCACCCGCUGUUGUUCAGGCUGAAGGGCACUAGCCUCAUGGAGACCAUGCAGCUCCUUCAGGCCAAGGUCAACAUCCUGGAUGAGGCCGUGCUGGACCAAGUGGAAGCCCGGCUGCAGAGCGUCCUGGCGAAGGUGAAUGGAAUUGCCAAGCACAAGGCAAUCGUGCAAGAGGCUAACACCCAGAGCAAGGGAAGAAUCCACCAGAUCUAUGAGACGAUGCAGCACUGGGACGCCGUGGCCAGCACUCUGCCUGAUGUUGUGCAGAGGCUGGUGACCCUCUGGCACCUGCAUGAGCAAGCCACACAGUUUGGGCAGGUCCUCGUGCGCUUGGACACCAUGCAGCAGGAGCUGGCUGGGGCUCUCAAGCACAACAGCGUGCUGCUGGCGGAGGUCCAGAAGACAAUGAAGGAGAACCUGGCCAUCACAGAGCACAACUUUGCCAACAUAGACGCCCGCAUCAAGCAGCUGCAGAAGUGAGAGCACCCUGGAGACCCCCUGCACCAGGCAUCCCUGCCCCCCCCAGGCCCUGCAACCCCCUGGAAAUCACUCCCUCCCCCUGCAGGUACCAGCCCCUGCUUGUAUAUACCCUGGCUCUGCACCCCUGCAGAGCAUGGGGGCUG